AAUCAUUUUAUUUUUAUUCUUUGAUAAUUCAAACAAUUAUUUUUUUUAGUUUGGGUUUAUUGAUUUCACUGAAUAACUCUUGGACUGGUAAUUAUUGUCAUGUAGGCUAUUCUCCUAUAAUUUCACUGCAUUUACAUUGUGUAGUUUUGUUUACUAUUAUCAUUAUUAGUAUUGAUAUAAUUAUCAGGCUACUAGCCGGAGUCUACUGGCUCAACCUCGACUUCCAUUUGAGCAAGUAACUGAAUGAAUGUGUUAGAUGAAUUGAGUGAUUACAGACACGUUGGAUGUGAGGAGUUUGAUGAAUGUGGUGUGUAUGCUGACUAUUUGAGAGAGAAUGGCAUGAAUGCUUUAAGUAUUAUACAUUUAAAUAUUAGGAGUUAUCGGAAAAAUUUUGAUGAUUUUAUCAUUCUUUUGGAAUGCCUUAAACACAAAUUUGAUAUAGUUAUACUGACAGAAACCUGGUUGAGUCUUGAUGAGAACAUAACACAUUUAGAGGAAUACUGUCGUUUCCGUACAUCUGUUAAAUUCAAUCAGAAUGAUGGAGUAUUGAUUUAUGUAAGAUCUGAACUUAAUGCGUCCUGUAAAGAGAUUAAUAUUGGAGGAGUAAAUUGUUUAGAUUUGGAUUGCUAUAGAGAUGGGCAGAAGUUUGGAGUUUUGUGUGUUUAUCGCUGUCAGGGCCUGGACUUGUCAAAUUUUAUCGGUGGACUUGAAGAUAGGUAUGAUGAUAGGAGAAAUAGUUUUAACGACACCAUCGAGAUUAUAGCCGGUGAUAUCAAUUGUAAUAUCCUCUUAAAUCAAAUAAACAAUAUCAGUAAUAGAUACCUAGAUGCGCUUUAUGAGGCCGGUUUUGUUUCUUGUGUUAACGUUCCUACAAGGCGGACGGCCUUCACUUCGACCUGCAUUGACCAUAUUUUUGUCAAGCACGUUGAUGUGGAGGCCCUCCGUCCAGCUGUUCUCCGUUGUGACAUUACCGACCAUUAUGCGACAUCAAUACUAAUUAAAAAUAAGAACUACUCACCCAACAUGAGACCUGCACCUCUCUAUGCUUCCAUUGACUACUUGAAAUUAUCAGAGACUGUUUCACGACAAAACUGGGAUGAUAUAACCACAAUAGAAAGCGUCAAUCAAUGUACUGAAUCCUUAUUAGAAAAAUCAAAGAAGUACAAGAUAGUUGUACUACUCACAAAUCAAAAACCGUUAAAUCUAAAAAAAUAAAACCCUGGAUCACCGAUUCGCUUGUUAACUCCAUUAAAAAAAGAAAUAAAUUGAGUAAGCUUGUUAUCAGACAACCAUUUAAUUUGCAAUUAAAAUUAUACUAUAAUAACUAUAGAAAAACCUUGAACAGAUCAUUAAAAAAUACCAAAAAUAGCUACUACAGGCAAAAAUUACUAUCCGCUACUAAACCCAUAUCAUUUUGGAGAACUAUUAAUGAGAUAUCG